AUGUGUAGAUUUUACGAGUGUAAAAAUAUUAUUUUGUACAGGAGCCCGAAGGAUGAUGUAGUAAAAUUUCCAUCGACGUCUCUUUAUUGCAAGUCGAUCCUGGCUGGUAAUCCUAAAUCUACAGAAUGCCUUGACCUAAUGAGAAAGGAAAUACUAGAAAAAUGGGAGAAAAGUUCCAACAAAAAUACCAGCAAAGAUUCAUUUUCUUUUGGAAAU